AUGUCGCCCGAGAAAACGAGACAGCGAGACCGAGUUCCCCGUUCAAAAUCUAUUGCUUUAGAAGAACCGAAGUCGCUCUUUACAAGGACUGAACCAGUGGUAGUCGUCGCAGCAGCAGAAGAUGAUCCGCCGCUAUCUCCUCCACCCCCGAUGGGAUUGAAAGAGCGUCGAGGCUCUCGUGGUUCCCCAUGUGCAAACCUACCACCACUUAUGUUACCUCCGAGUACCCCAGAACCAUCGCCGAGUCGUUUAUCUCCGAACCGUUUGUCUCCGCAGCCAAAAGAGCCACAAUCUGCUCCGAUAAUAAGAGGGAAUCCGCCUCGUCGUUCAAGAACACGCUCAGAAAUGCCUCCUGAUCCCCCUCCACGCUCUCCUCAAACACCAAGACCUGCUUCUGUAUCUCCGAAACAUACAUUUGCAUUCAAGAUCGUUUUGAAAAAGGUGGAGAGCACACCUAAUACCUCAUUCGAUCGUCCCGACCAAUGA